AGAAACCAAAUGCAAAAUAUGCAAAUCAAAUGAAAUUUUGAAUGCGGAAGAAACUUGUUCGACACUGAAUGGGGUUAUAACAACAAACAACAAAGUUCCUCUCGUUUGUGAGCCCUCGUAUUAUUUAAUUAACAACACAUGUAAACUAUGUAAUGAGACUUUUGGUAAUCUGUGUCAAAAAUGCACAAUAAACAGUUGUGUAUCUUGUGGAUUAACAGGAGUAGUUAAUACUGAUGGAUUGUGUUUAUCACCCGAUUUCAGUGAGUGUACAGAAAGUUUUAAUACGUAUUGUAGUGGCUGUUCAGACAAAUCCGAUUUCAUCAAAAACAAUGUUUGCAUUCAAAAUAUCAACAAUUGUGAUGUUACAAAUUUGAAUGGCAAAUGUGUGAAUUGUGUGAAAGGGUUUUAUCUUGAUUAUAAUACACAGAUGUGUGUCUCAACACCACAAACAGUGAACGAUUGUAAGACUUUGUAUUUCAAAGGCGAUCGUUGUGUUCGGUGCAAAUCGACGUUUUAUCUUACUGAAAACCACGCAUGUUUAAAAUGUUCUGAAAAAUGUUUAACGUGCAUUUCCAAUACAAAUUGCAUAUUAUGUGACAACAAUUUGAUAGUCAAGAAUGGGUUUUGUGUUUCAGGAUCUGAUGUGUCAGACAACUGCAACAAAGUGGUGACAGGCACUUCGAUAUGUGCUCUCUGUGUAUCGAAAACGUUCAGAAACGAAGAUGGAAAAUGUGAAAAUUGCAUGGAGAAUUGUGUUGAAUGUCGAAAUAUCAAAACAUGUACAUUCUGUGAGUCGAACCACUUUUUACUUACAAAUUCAAGUGCUUGUAUUUCGUACGAUAAUCUGAUAAAUUGUGAAGACAAAAGUGUUCGUGGGUGUUUAAAGUGUUCCUUUGGCUAUUUCGUUGAAAAUCAAUUUUGUUCUUCCUGUGACUCCAAAACGACAAAUUGUGGUAUUUGCAAUUUUGUCGGGAAGUGCACAUCGUGUUUAAACGACUUUAUUUUAAAUGAAUCAUCUGAAUGUGUAUCAAAGAGUCAAGUGGAUAAUUGUAUUAAAGUCUCGGAUUCAAAGUGUACCAAAUGUACUUUUUGGCAUGUUCCAGACUACACAAAGACGAAAUGUAUUGCCCAAGCUGUAUGGUGGGUCAUUCUCUUAUGUGUUUUGUUUAUAAUAAGUAUCUUUGUUAUUAUUAUCGCUAUGUCUAUCUACUUUUUCAUUGCGAUUUUGAACCACCACAAGACAGAAAAAAUGCGAGAGAAGUGUUGUUUAUUUGAUAUAAAGAAAACGAACAUCGAAUUUGUCAAAACUGAUAUUGUUGAUAUCGUAGUCAACAAGAAAUGUAUCGAAUUCUGUGGAAAGACAGAAGGGAUAACUAAAAUACCAGUUGCUAUUGAAAGCCGCGAGUUGAUUUGUGUUGGAAAUGUCGGUAAAAAUGUUAUUAAAGUGCAAUUCAGUCUAAAAGAUAAUUGCACAAAAUACUCCAUUCGUACUGAACCAAAAAUCAUGACAAUUCCAAAAGGAAAAGCAAUCGAAUUUGAAGUCUUCUUAACACCAAAUUACUCGUGUAUAAUAGAAGACAAAAUUGUAUUGGUCUCUGCUAAUCUAAAGAAGGGAGAAACGUCACAAAUUUACAUAGAAACAAAAGCUGAGACGGAGAUGUCAACUCGAUUAGACCCAGACGAAUUGUUUGAAGAGAAACUUUUAGGCGAAGGUUCAUUUGGUGUUGUUUACAAAGGGAAAUUCCGAGGUAAUGAAGUUGCAAUUAAAAAGAUGAAAGAGUUUGGAAAUGACAAAACAAAAAGUAAUGAGUUUGAAAAAGAAGUCUUAAUGUUAGACAAAUUUCGCAGUGAAUAUGUUGUCCACUUCUAUGGUGCUGUAUUUAUACCAAAUAAGAUUUGUAUGGUCACUGAAUUUGCACAAUAUGGAAGUUUGAACGACUUGAUAAAGAACAGAAGUAAAAUAACAAUCCAAAAAGGAGUUAAAAUUAAGUUUAUGAAGGAUAUGGCAAAUGGGUUGCUCUACUUACACACAAAUGGCAUUGUACAUAGAGAUGUCAAACCAGACAAUUUGCUUGUGUUUUCACUUGGUCUCGACGACAAAGUUAAUGCUAAAUUGACUGAUUUUGGAAGUGCAAGAAAUAUCAACUUGUUGAUGACUAACAUGACUUUCACUAAAGGAAUUGGUACACCUGUAUAUAUGGCUCCUGAAGUGCUAAAACAAGAAAAAUACAAGAAAAGCGCCGAUAUUUAUUCAUUUGGAAUAACUUUGUACGAAACGUUCAAAUGGGGAGAAGCGUACGAAAAAGAAAAGUUUAAGUUUCCAUGGAAAAUUGCAGAAUUUGUGAUUUCUGGAAAAAGACUUGAAAAGAAGGAAAUAAUGUGUGAAAAACAUUUUAAAUUAGUACAAAAUUGUUGGAGCCAAAGACCAGAGGAUAGGCCUAAUAUCGAUGAAGUUGUCAACAAUUUAAAAGCUUUUUAA